AGUAAGUAUGCGUCGUGGUGAAGUAUAGAAUAGUACACGAGACGGGCAUGGAAGAGCACAUUAGCAGCUCUAACAUUAUAUCGACGACGGAGCGCUGGGACGACGCGGGGAUAGCACUACGAGGGAAAGCCCUUUGCACACUCCACCGCCUCCGCUGUACCUCUUUCAGGGGACGCCGUUUCAUUGGUACCUAUUCGGGAGCGCGGAACAGGUAUGUGAGAGGAGCAGGUAUUAUGCUCGGGAAGUCGAGGAUCGCGCCUGUGUUGUAGAGUUUGGGCGUAAUUGGGACACGGCGGCUAUUAACGGGCUUUGUGAACGCUUUAACGUCUCGCGUACGGAUGCGCC